AUUUCUUUAAAUUAUUUUAUUUCUCUUCAUUAAUUUUCUUAUAGAAUUUGUGUGUGUGUUUUUGUUUUUUUAUGAUAUUCUCUUUUUUUUUUGUUUUGUUUAUUCUCUUCAAUAUAUUUAAUGUUGGGGUAGGACAUCAUUCAAGUAAAUUAAAAGACAUGAAAUUCUUCCAUCUAAAAUAUUAAAAAAACAUCAGUCAUUAAUUUUAUUACAAUUUUCUGAUUUAUUGAGAAAGGUUAAAUAAAUAUAAAAUUGAGAGCAAAAGAGAAUAUAGAAAAAAAUGAAGUGAAAAAAUAAUUAAUAUAAAUUUGUAAAAAAAAAAAAAAUAAUUAAUAAAUUUUUCAUUUUUAAAUUAAUUUAUUUCAAAAACCUUCUAAAGGUUUAUUAAAGAAGUUAUGGUUGAUAAAUUGGAUCAAACUAAAAAGCCAGCAUCACGUAAUGGUUCAGCAAGUAAUAAAAUAAAUAAAACAAAAGAUGAAAUAAAUAAAACGUCAACAAAUUCAACAACUUCCGCUUCAACUGUAACAAUAACGGAUAAAACAAAUCAAAUUGACAAUCAAUCGAUUAGAAAUAACAAUACUUUAACACCAUCACCAAGUCCAAUACCAUCGCCAAAAGUUCGUAAAACAUCAAAAUUAAGUUUAAGAACACCAACACCAUCUCCAAGUCCACGUUAUUGUUUUCAUCGUAGAUUACCAAAAUCAAAUGUACAAAUUAUUGUUGAUUCAGAUUGUUCAGAUGAUGAUGAUGAUGAAAGUGAAGAGAAUACAGAAAAUAAAGAAAAUUUUGAUAAUGAUGAUGAUGAUGAUAACAACAGCAACAAUAUAAAAAAGCUAUAUCCAUAUAAUUUUUUAAAGCCAGAUCAAAAUAAUAAUCAUAAUAAUGAAAAUAAUGAUGAUAAUAAUGAUAUUAAUACAAUAAAAUCAAGAAUACCAGAAGUAUUACGUUCUCAAGGUUCCGAUACAUAUUGUUCAUCAAAUCCAGAAAGUAAUUGUCCAUGUAAUACAUCUGAAGGUAUUGGACAAAUAUCAAAACAAAUACAAUAUACAAAUCGUAAAACAUGGAUAUCAGUUGAACGUAUGAAUGAAUUAAGAAAAAGAGCCCAAGAAGCAUUAAAACAUCAUAAAACAUUUACAAUACGUGGCUGUUUCUUUUCAAUACGUAAUGCAUUAACAUCACGUGGUUGGGUUGAAAAAUUAGAUGCACAUCGUAAACAUGUACCAAAUGGUAUAUGUCAAAUAACAUAUGAAGAUUUAGCACAAACAUUACCAAAACGUAAACCAGGUGAAACACGUCGUCAAUAUUUAAUUAAAUGUGAAAGAAAUAUAAUGUCAAGAUUUUUAGAACAUAUGCCAAUUGAUUUUUUAUGGACAGCACGUAAAGAGAAAUGUGAUUAUAUUGAUCAAGCAAAAAAUCCAUCAAUGAUUAUUAAUAAAUUUCAAAGGAUACCAUUUACAUCAAAAGAAGGUUUAUGUACAUCAUUAAAAGAUUUUCAUUGGUUUUAUGAGGAAGGUGUUUCAGAAUUAUAUUUUCCAAGAUGUUUUAAUGUAUGGAGUCCAGAAGAAUUAUCAGAAUUUAUUGAUAAUUUUCGUUUAUCAGCAUGUAUUGCAUUUAUACGUUGGAUUGUUGAUAAAUAUCGUAUAAAUGGUUUUGAUGCAAUAUUCUCAUCAAUUGGUAAAAUCCCAUUUACAGCUAUAGAUUUUGCAAUAAAACGUUGUAGUGAAUAUUUAGAUAUAUCAAAUCAUAAUGAUAUUGAUAAUGAUGAAACAGUACGUAUAUGGGAACAUGAUUUUGAUGCAUUUUUAACACAACAUUAUUUAAUAACACAAGAGAAUGGCCGUAUAUUAUCAGAUCCAAAUCGUACUGUUGAUAUAACAAUGAAAACACUUGAAACAAUAGUAGGUGGUUUAGAAGAAUAUUGGCCACAAUAUAAUCUUGAUGGUUAUUUAAAUUUAUGGAUUGUUAAACCAGCAAAUAAAUGCCGUGGCCGUGGUAUACAUAUAUUUGAUAAUUUGAAGAAAGUUUUAAAUAUGGUUAAUCCAAAUAUAGCAUCAAAAAGUCGUUAUGUUGUACAAAAAUAUAUUGAAAAACCUCUUAUAAUACAUAAUACAAAAUUUGAUAUAAGGCAAUGGUUUUUAGUAACUAGUACUCAACCAAUGGUUAUAUGGAUGUAUAAAGAAUGUUAUUUACGUUUUAGUUCUCAAGAAUAUAAUUUAACAAAUCAUCAUGAAUCAGUUCAUUUAACAAAUCAUGCCAUUCAAAAGAAAUAUAAAAACGGAAAACGUGAUAAAAGACUUCCAUCGGAAAAUAUGUGGGAUUGUUAUUCAUUUCAAGCGUACCUUAGACAGAUUGGAAAACAUUUAAUGUGGUCUGAACGAAUAUAUCCUGGUAUGAAAAAAGCUAUUAUUGGUACUAUGUUGGCGUCACAAGAGAGUAUGGAUCGUAGAACAAAUACAUUUGAAUUAUUUGGUGCUGAUUUUAUGAUAUCAGAAGAUUUUAAUCCAUGGUUAAUAGAAAUUAAUUCUAGUCCAGAUUUAGGUGCAACAACAAGUGUUACAGCAAGAAUGUGUCCAGCAUGCUUAGAAGAUGUAAUCAAAGUUGUAAUCGAUAGACGUUAUGAUAUUAAAGCUGAUACAGGAAAUUUUGAAUGCAUUUAUAGGCAAAUAAUACCACCGACACCAGCAUAUAUGGGUUUAAAUUUAUCAUUAAAAGGAAAACAAAUUAUUCAGAAAAAUUCAUAUUUAACACGUACUAAUCGUGAUCGUCCAACAGCUAUUUCAACAUUAUAUUCAGCUAGAAAAUCAAUGCCAAGUAUACAAAUACUUAGUAGUUUAAAUGGAAAUAAUGAACAGAAUAAAAAUGAAAAGUCUUCCAAUAGUAAUUUAUUAAAUGAUAUAGACAAUAAUAGUAUUCGUAAUAAUGAUAAUGAAAAUGAUGAAACACUUAUUAAAAAAGCCGGUGAUAUAAUAUCAAAUUCUGUAUUGAAAAAAUCAAAUUUUAAUUUUAUACGAACUUCAGCAAUAAAUACAUUAACUAUGCUUGAUUUAAAUUCAUUUGGAAAUGUUGCAUAUCAUACACGUUUAUUAACACCAUUAACAACACCACAGUCUUCCAGAAGAUCAUCAACACAACUUUUAAUAUCACCAAGAUGUUCAAAUUCUAGUGAAAUAAAAAAACGUUCUAAUGAUUUAAAACAAAAUUUAUUUGAACCGACACUUAGUAAUAAAUCAAGAGCUCAAAAUCAAAAUAUAUCAAAAGGUAAAUUACAAUAUAAAGCUCCAAAAAGACAUUUAAGUUGUGGUCCAAAAAUAAUACCACAUGUACAAAAAAAUGAUAAUGAUAAUUUAUCUGGUUAUCAACGUCAAAAUAAUAAUCAAAUUGAAAAUAAUAAAGAAAAUUUAAAUAUAAUAAAUUCGAAUAAUGCAGCUAUUGAUAGUAGUAUUGAAUGUAUUGGUAGUAAAUGUAGUAUGGAAAAUUUAAAUUUACCAGAAUCAGAAGGAAAUUCAGUUGUUACACCAUCACCGAGACCAAUAACACCAAAUAAAAGAAAACAAAUAUUUGAUGUACUAUGUAAACCACGUACAUCUAGAAUAAGAAAAGUUGUUAAAUCAAGUAUUAAAACUAAAUCAUCUCCGGUUAUUGGUAGUAGUGCUGUAAUUUCAUAUCGUAAAAGUGGAAUUUCUAAUAGAAAAUCUAGUGCAAAUAAUGAUAAAUCUUCACCUUCAAUAAGAAAUAAUAAGGGGCUCAACAUUAGAACAUGGCGAACUAAACAACAAUUUAAAGAUGAAAAUAUGAUUAAGGGCAAAAGUGCAAGCCCAUCUAAAUAUGUACCACCAAUAAGCCCGGUUCGAAAAAAAAAUGAAGAAAAUUUAUACCGAAGGUGUUCAACUUGUAAAAAACCUACUUUAUAUAAGAAUAUAUCUGCUAAAGUAUCAUCAGAUAUAAGUGAUAGAAUUAACACAAGAUGUUAAAAUUUUCCAACUUUUUUUCUUCCUUUUUUAAUUACCUAAAUUAUUAAUUUUAU